UUGGAAGUUUAGGCCCCCGAGGAGAUGCCAAUCUUGGCAAUGGGUCCAGAGAGGCACUUUGGAGGCACUGGAGUGGACGCCGGGGACCAGGACACAACCCGCAGCCCUCCGGCGGGCGAUCAGGGAAGUGUGGGGCUCCUGAGGGUGUAGGACCCAACCCGCAGCCCUCCGGCGGGCGAUCAGGGAAGUGUGGGGCUCCUGAGGGUGAAGGACCCAACCCGCAGCCCUCCGGCGGGCGAUCAGGGAAGUGUGGGGCUCCUGAGGGUGUAGGACCCAACCCGCAGCCCUCCGGCGGGCGAUCAGGGAAGUGUGGGGCUCCUGAGGGUGAAGGACCCAACCCGCAGCCCUCCGGCGGGCGAUCAGGGAAGUGUGGGGCUCCUGAGGGUGUAGGACCCAACCCGCAGCCCUCCGGCGGGCGAUCAGGGAAGUGUGGGGCUCCUGAGGGUGAAGGACCCAACCCGCAGCCCUCCGGCGGGCGAUCAGGGAAGUGUGGGGCUCCUGAGGGUGAAGGACCCAACCCACGGACCUUCGUCAAGCCAUCAGGCUCACUCUCGCCACCGUUUUCGCACUUUCUGCGAGAACGGGGUUGCUCGGCAACACAGCCGGCUCUCACCAUCCGGGUUAACUAUGUACUCUCAGCAAAAGAUAAAUCUGAAUUAGUGAUAUUCCAAAGACAUAAUCUGCGGUAA